AUGCUACAGUUCGUGCUUGCCGUUUCAGUUGAACGACUUCUCAUCAUAAAAUUCCCAUUUCGCUCAUUGGACAAUUACAAUAUUAAAAAAGUGAUUUCGAACUUGAAUAGACGAGGUAAAGUUUUCAAUUUUAGCUAUCAUCAUGUCUCGCACACCUGCCUAACCUUUGAAGUCUGCUCUGGUAAUCAAAUAAUCGGUCUAUGCUAUGAGAAUGCUAUUGACUCCUGGGGAAAACGUCCAAAUCCAACAUCAGCACUUACAAAGCAAUGGAUAGAAGCGUCCAUCUACCUUAAUGCUGCAUUUGCUGUUUUACUGCCAGUCUUUGCCGUUGCUGUACUUAAUAUUUCUCUUGUGAAACUUCUCAAAAAAAGAAAUACUCAGGAGCUGCUUGUGCAUUCAGUCAAUACGAAUCCUUCAGCAAUGCAGGAUCAGGAGCGAAAAAUGACUCAUACAGUUCUUGCAAUCAUCACGUGUUUCUCUUUGACUCAAGGGCCGUCGGCCAUCGUCUAUUUGUUUCAAAAACUUUAUCCGUCCAUCUACCUUAAUGCUGCAUUUGCUGUUUUACUGCCAGUCUUUGCCGUUGCUGUACUUAACAUCUCUCUUGUGAAACUACUAAAAAAAAGGAAUACACAGGAGCUGCUUGUGCAUUCAGUCAAUACGAAUCCUUCAGCAAUGCAGGAUCAGGAGCGGAAAAUGACUCAUACAGUUCUUGCAAUCAUCACGUGUUUCUCUUUGACUCAAGGGCCAUCGGCAAUCGUCUAUUUGUUUCAAAAACUCUAUCGCUCAAAUGGCCUCCAAAUCGCUUCAGUAGUGGCAAAUCAGCUCGUCCUUACUGGCAAAAUGCUCAAUGUGGUGUUAUUCUGCAUGACCUCGUCUACAUUCCGACGAAAACUUCUUCAAAUCUGUAGACGAUGGAUCUAUACCGCCCUCUAUUGUGAUCGUAAAGGUGGAAACAGGUACCGUUUUUCACGCUCUCAGUCGAAAUCCUUGGUGACACAGAAGACGUCCUUAGUUUACUCACCAAGUGCAAAAUGUCUCGGCUCAUCGGUUGUAUCGGAAAUGUACCCGAAAAGACCAACAACUGCUGACAACAGUUCUCCAAAGACAAGCAAUGAAGAAACCGUUUAA